AUGGUGAAGAAGAAAAGGGUUGGCCGAAAGCCAGCCAUCUCAGCUACGGAGGUGAAAAUCAUAGGCGAGGAUCUCCCUUUAAGCCAAAUCGAGGGAGUCGAGCCGGAGAUUAGUGAGGAAUUUCAUGAUUCAAUCGAAGAAUUGGUUCCAGAGAAUGGAACAGAGAGAGGCGAGUUGGAGCAAAUGGCACGGGAAAUGCAGCAGACUGCUCAGAUGGAUUCGAGACCAGCUUCUUGGGCUGAUGAAAUGGAACAUACUGAUGCGAGACCAGCAGACUUCCAAUCUGAUGCGAGAGACUUGUGGAGCAGAUUUAACUCAAAUCAGGUACCAACUCCUUCUUCUAAACUUUCGUAUACUGAACCAAUGAGAGUGGGUGACCAAGUUAUAGCUAAGCUUGACCUAGAGGAGAUUGAAAUUGAGGCAUCAUUUUGGAAGAAUGCUAUUGUUUGCUUUGUCUUAGGGGCCAAUCCUCCAUUUAGAGUGUUUGAAGGAUUUGUAAAGAGGAUUUGGGGUAACCUAGGGAUUGAUAAGGUGGUUCGGAUGCACUCUGGAUGCACUUUAGUCAAUUUUCGAGAUGAAGCAACUCGUGACCUCAUUUUAGAAGCUGGGGUUAUUCACUUUGAUAGAAAACCGGUGGUGCUUAGGCCUUGGUCUACUGAAAUUGAUUCAAUGAAAAUGGUGAAUUCGGUUCCAGUGUGGAUAAGAUUGAAUGGAUUGGGGCUGCAGUAUUGGGGGAAGAAGAAUCUAAGUGCUUUAGUUAGCACAAUAGGCAAGCCAAUCAUGAUAGACAAAGUGACUCAAGAAAGGUCUAUGGUGAAGUUUGCUCGUGUUCUUGUGGAUAUUGAGAUAUCGGAUGAACCUCCGAAAUUUAUCUCUUUUAUCAAUGAGAAACAGCAACUAGUGGAACAAACAAUAGAGUAUGAAUGGCUUCCAACUACUUGUGCAGCUUGUGCUGGUUUGGGGCAUACGGUUGCCCAUUGUAACAAGGAAAAGAAGGUUGUUUGGAAGAAGAAAUCAGUGGCUGAGACAGUUGGUUCUAAAGAGCAAGGAAAUGCUCAUAGGGACACAGGAAAUACAAUGGGAAAACAGUUAGAAACUGCCCAGCAGGAAAAAGAAGAUCAAAAGGGGAACAAUGAGGGGAAAAAGGAUAAUGGUGAAGGAAGCAAUGAAUGGUUAACUCCUAAGAAAAAAGCUAUGAGGAAUGUUGAGAUAGGGAAGUCAAAAGAGGGUCCAAAAGAGGUCAGUUCAAGCAAUGGUUAUGCUGUUUUACUAGCAAAGGAAAGUGAAGAGAUUAUGGUUCCCACUUCUAAGACAACUCCUGAUGGAAGCAAAUAA